GCUGAAAUGAGCGAGGAGGUUAAAGAGAAGGCUGCGGGGAAGUCGGCUCAUCGGAAGAAGAAAGGAAAGAAGACGGACGUAAACGCCUGUUAUCUGCGAGCAGCUCGGGCCGGGAACCUAGAGAAAGCUCUGGACUACCUGAAGAAUGGAGUCGACAUCAACAUUUGCAAUCAGAAUGGUCGUAACGCUCUCCAUCUGGCCUCGAAGGAGGGCCAUGUGGAAGUGGUGGCUGAGCUCAUCAAGCAGGGCGCCAAUGUGGACGCAGCUACCAAGAAAGGAAACACAGCGCUCCACAUAGCUUCUCUUGCCGGGCAGACGGAGGUGGUGAAGGAGCUCGUCACCCACGGAGCCAACGUCAAUGCACAGUCUCAGAAUGGCUUCACUCCGCUGUACAUGGCGGCGCAGGAGAAUCACUUGGAGGUGGUGCAGUUUCUAUUGGACAACGGCUCCAGUCAGAGCAUCGCCACUGAGGAUGGUUUCACUCCGCUGGCGGUGGCGCUGCAGCAGGGCCAUGACCAGGUGGUUUCCCUCCUACUGGAAAAUGACACCAAGGGGAAGGUCCGCCUCCCGGCGCUGCACAUCGCCGCACGCAAAGAUGACACCAAGGCCGCCGCCCUCCUCCUCCAGAACGACCACAACGCUGAUGUGGAGUCAAAGAUGAUGGUGAAUAGAACAACAGAGAGCGGCUUCACUCCUCUGCACAUUGCGGCUCACUAUGGCAACAUCAAUGUAGCGACGCUGCUGCUGAACAGAGGGGCAGCUGUGGACUUCAAGGCGAGGAAUGACAUAACACCGCUGCACGUAGCAUCCAAACGUGGGAACAGCAACAUGGUGCGACUGCUGCUGGAAAGAGGGGCCAAGAUAGAUGCAAGGACCAAGGAUGGUCUGACUCCUCUCCACUGUGGAGCCCGGAGCGGUCAUGAGCAGGUGGUGGAGAUGCUGCUGGACAGAGGAGCUCCAAUACUGUCAAAGACCAAGAACGGUUUGUCUCCCCUCCACAUGGCGACGCAGGGCGACCACCUCAACUGCGUCCAGCUGCUGCUGCACCACGAGGUGCCUGUGGACGACGUGACCAACGACUACCUGACGGCGCUGCACGUAGCUGCCCACUGCGGACACUACAAGGUGGCAAAGGUCAUUGUGGACAAGAAGGCCAACCCCAACGCCAAGGCACUGAAUGGUUUCACUCCUCUGCACAUCGCCUGCAAGAAAAACAGAGUCAAGGUGAUGGAGCUGCUUCUGAAGCACGGAGCAUCCAUACAGGCAGUCACUGAGUCUGGUCUGACUCCGAUCCACGUAGCAGCUUUUAUGGGACAUGAAAACAUCGUCCACCAGCUGAUCAGCCACGGGGCUUCACCAAACACAAGCAAUGUGAGGGGGGAGACAGCACUCCACAUGGCAGCGAGAGCAGGACAGUCAAAUGUGGUCCGAUAUCUGGUCCAGAACGGAGCUCGAGUGGAUGCCAAGGCCAAGGACGACCAGACUCCACUGCACAUUUCUAGCCGCCUCGGUAAACAAGACAUAGUUCACCAGCUGCUGGCUAACGGAGCGUGCCCAGAUGCCACCACCAACUCCGGAUACACACCUUUACACUUGGCUGCCAGGGAGGGACACCGAGACAUCGCUGCAGCACUGCUGGACCAAGGAGCGAGUCUGGGCAUCACUACUAAGAAGGGCUUCACUCCUUUGCACGUUGCAGCAAAAUACGGGAAGAUCGAGGUCGCCAACCUGCUGCUGCAGAAAAGCGCUCAGGCUGACGCUGCUGGGAAGAGUGGACUAACUCCACUGCAUGUGGCAGCACACUAUGAUAACCAGAAGGUGGCGCUGCUCCUGCUCAACCAGGGAGCCUCGCCGCAUGCUGCUGCAAAGAACGGUUACACACCGCUCCACAUUGCAGCCAAGAAGAAUCAGAUGGAGAUAACCACCACAUUACUGGAGUACGGCGCCUCCACAAACACAGUAACACGCCAGGGAAUCACUCCUCUGCACCUCGCAGCGCAGGAGGGCAACGUGGACAUAGUGACGCUGCUGCUGGCUCGAGACGCUCCUGUUAACAUGGGCAAUAAGUCUGGUCUGACUCCACUCCACCUGGCUGCCCAGGAGGAUAAAGUCAACGUUGCUGAGGUCUUAGUCAACCAGGGGGCUACUAUAGACCCUGAGACCAAGCUGGGAUACACUCCUCUUCAUGUGGCCUGUCACUAUGGCAACGUGAAAAUGGUCAACUUCCUGCUGAAAAAUCAGGCGAAGGUCAACGCUAAGACCAAGAACGGUUACACUCCUCUCCAUCAGGCUUCACAGCAGGGACACACACACAUCAUCAACUUGCUGCUACAUCAUGGAGCAUCGCCCAACGAACUCACAGCUAAUGGGAAUAGUGCUCUGUCCAUUGCCAGGAGGCUCGGCUACAUCUCUGUAGUUGACACACUAAAAGUGGUCACAGAAGAAACUCUGACCACUCAGACUGUGACAGAGAAGCACAAGAUGAAUGUCCCGGAGACCAUGAACGAGGUGCUGGACAUGUCCGACGAUGAAGUCCAUAAAGCCAAUGUCCCCGAAAUGAUCACAGAGGAGUAUUUUUCUGAUGUGGAAGAAGAAAUGGAUGUUGGAAAUAUCUGCAUCAGCUAUUCCUGUGACGAUGCAAUGACGGGGGACACGGACAAAUAUUUGGCACCCCAGGACCUGCGAGAGUUGGGGGACGACUCACUCCCUCAGGAGGGCUACAUGGGCUUCAGUGUCGGUGCACGGUCACAAAGCCUGCGUUCCUUCAGUUCUGAUAGGUCCAACACGCUGAACCGGAGCUCGUUCACUCGCGACAGCAUGAUGAUAGAGGAGAUGCUGGCCCCCAAUAAGGAGAUGAUGCUCUGCAAGGAAAGGUCGUUCAUUGUAGAACACAAUAAGCAUUUGGCGGUGGCUAAGGACUUUGACAGCGAGUCUCUGAGGAGGUACAGCUGGACUGCAGAUGCACUGGAUAAUGUCAACCUAGUCUCCUCACCAAUACACUCUGGUUUUUCCUCUCCGCUCCCGCAGUACGACAGCAGGUUCCUGGUCAGCUUCAUGGUCGACGCCAGGGGCGGCUCCAUGAGAGGAAGUCGUCACAACGGCAUGCGCAUCAUCAUCCCGCCGAGAAAGUGCACGGCGCCCACCAGGAUCACCUGUCGACUGGUCAAGAGGCACAAACUGGCGUCGCCUCCUCCGAUGGUGGAAGGAGAAGGCCUGGCCAGCCGACUGGUCGAGGUCGGUCCGGCAGGAGCUCAGUUCCUCGGGCCUGUGAUAGUGGAGAUCCCUCAUUUUGGCUCGAUGCGGGGCCAGGAGAGAGAGCUGAUCCUGCUGCGCAGCGACAACGGAGAAACCUGGAAGGAGCAUCUGUACGACUGUAAGACUGAUGACCUCAACCAGCUCCUCAAUGGGAUGGAUGAAGAACUGGACAGUCCUGAGGAGCUGGAGAGGAAGAGGAUCUGUCGCAUCAUCACCAAGGACUUCCCACAGUACUUUGCUGUAGUGUCAAGGAUCAGACAGGAAACCAAUCAGAUGGGACCAGAAGGCGGGACUCUAUGCAGCCGGAGCGUCCCAUUGGUACAGGCCUCUUUUCCUGAGGGGGCGUUAACCAAGAAGAUCAAAGUUGGACUGCAGGCCCAGCCAGUACCUGAUGAUACCGUGAAGAAAAUCCUUGGUAACCGGGCAACCUUCAGCCCAAUCGUUACCGUGGAGCCCAGGAGACGGAAGUUUCACAAACCCAUCACCAUGACAAUCCCAGUCCCGCCCCUCUCAGGGGAGGGCCUUACCAACGGCUACAAAGGAGACUGUACUCCCUGCCUCCGCCUUCUCUGUAGCAUUACAGGUGGUACGUCCCCAGCACAGUGGGAAGACAUCACAGGCACAACUCCUCUCACCUUCGUCAACGACUGCGUCUCCUUCACUACCAAUGUUUCUGCCAGGUUCUGGUUGGCAGACUGCCACCAGAUCCCAGAGACGGUGGCUCUGGCCACACAGCUGUACAGGGAGCUGAUCUGUGUGCCCUACAUGGCCAAGUUUGUGGUGUUUGCAAAGAUGAAUGACCCAGUGGAGUCCAGACUGAGGUGCUUCUGUAUGACGGACGACAAGGUGGAUAAGACCCUGGAGCAGCAGGAGAACUUUGAGGAGGUGGCCAGGAGCAAGGACAUAGAGGUUCUGGAGGGCAGGCCCAUCUAUGUGGACUGCUAUGGAAACUUGGCUCCUCUGGCCAAAGCUGGUCAGCAGUUAGUUCUUAACUUCUACGCCUUCAAGGAGAACCGCUUGCCCUUCUGCGUCAAGGUGAGAGACCCGAGCCAGGAGCCCUGCGGUCGUCUCACUUUCCUUAAAGAGUGUAAGACCAUAAAAGGCCUUCCACAAACCGCCGUGUGCAACCUGAACAUCACACUUCCUGCAGUGAAAAAGGAAAUGGAGUCAGAUGCCGAGGAUGAGACUGAAAAGCCAGAGCGACGUCAUACCUUUGCAUCCCUAGCCUUACGUAAGCGCUACAGCUAUCUGGCCGAGCCUGCACUGAGCCCUCAGAGUCCCUGUGAGAGAACAGACCUCCGCAUGGCAAUAGUAGCUGACCACCUCGGACUCAGCUGGACUGAGCUGGCCAGGGAGCUGGAUUUCUCUGUGGAUGAGAUCAACUUCAUCAGAGUGGAGAACCCCAAUUCCCUGACAGCACAGAGCUUCAUGCUCCUAAAGAAAUGGGUGCACAGGGAUGGUAAAAAUGCCACAACGGACGCUUUAACUGCGGUGCUGACUAAGAUCAAUCGGUUGGAUAUUGUGACUUUGCUGGAAGGGCCCAUAUUUGACUACGGUAACAUUUCAGGCACACGCUGCUUUGCCGAUGAUAACGCAGUAUUCCCGGAUCAGUCCGAUGGUAAAGUGUAGCCCACCCUAGCUGAACUCUCAGUCUAUCUCUCAGUCUAUCCCUUCACCCUUCUUCACCUCCUCUCUCAGCCAGAUAGUCAGACCUGACUGUGCAAACAAAUACAGAACCAAUCGGGCUUGACCAAACAGUGGAAGUU